AUGGGGAUGCCAGCGAUUCCAUCCCUGGCCGAGCGCCUUUUCACAUGGCUAUUGUAUUUAAUUCGUUGUUACGUAAUUGUCGUCUUUAUCCUGCCGUUGAGCUUCAUCUACAAUCUUUUGCUAAUCGUGAGGAACAAAUUCGUUUACACGAUUGGUUCGGCUCCACGAGCUCAUGCUCGGAAAGUGACAGCAAUUCAGAGACAGGUACAUCAAUGGUCACAAAGCAAUCGGCGAACGAAGAUGUAUCCAGUACAUUAUAAUUUAUUGAAUUCUAUAUUACGCCCUCCUAACAAAGAAGUGACCCCAAUCUACAUCGACACCCUAAUGGAUAUUCUUGAGAUUAACCGGGAAGCUUUGACUGUCCGUGUUGAGCCAAUGAUCACCAUGAAUGCGAUAAAUGGUCGAGGAGCAGAUGUGUCUGGUAGAAAGUACGGUUUAUUCCAACACAUCUGUCUAUCUUAUGAGCUUGUAAUGCCCGAUGGAAGCGUUGUCACCGCUUCAAAGGACAAGAAAGGCGAUGCCGAGACGCAGGCACUUUUCUACGGUGUUCCAUGGAGUGAAGGUACACUAGGGAUUAUGGUGGCAGCCACUCUUCGACUGAUUCCGAUAAAGCCAUUCGUCAAAAUCACCUACUCACCGGUUCGCUCAGCUGAGGAAAUGCAAUCAAAGCUCACUGAAGAAAGCCAAUGCCGAGAGAAUGAGUUUGUCGAAGGAAUGCAGUUCUCGCCGAGUUCCGGCGUAGUUCUGCGUGGAAGGUUUUCUGAAGGACCUCCUAAAAACUGGGGAGCUGCAAAUAGAAUCGGCAGAUGGUACAAACCAUGGUACUACACUCAUGUUCAAAGCAUAAUUAAUACUACUAAGCAGGAAUAUACUGAAUUUGUUCCACUGCGAGAUUUCUAUCAUCGCCAUUCGAAGAGCCUUUAUUGGGAACUUAAGGAUUACAUUCCGUUCGGCAACACUUUACUUUUCCGAUUGUAUUUCGGCUAUAUGUGUCCUCCUAACGUCGAUCUGAUGAAGAUGUUCAAUCCUACCGUGAUGAGCUCAAGAUUUGACAAAGGCCGUGUACGACAUGAUUUUCUCAUUCCCAUGGAACACCUCGACGAAGCCAUGGAAGUCUGCGAUAAAGAGCUCGAGGUCUGGUUGAACUUUCUGAGCUAA